AGGUACCAGUUCAACCCGGCCUUCUUCCAGACCGCGGUGACGGCGCAGAUCCUGCUCAAGGCGCUCACCAACCUGCCGCACACGGACUUCACCCUCUGCAAGUGCAUGAUCGACCAGGCGCACCAGGAGGAGAGGCCCAUCCGGCAGAUCCUCUACCUGGGCGAGCUCCUGGAGACCUGUCACUUCCAGUCGUUCUGGCAAGCCCUGGAUGAGAACAUGGAGCUCCUGGAUGGCAUCGCCGGCUUCGAGGACUCCGUGAGGAAAUUCAUCUGCCACGUGGUGGGCAUCACCUACCAGCACAUCGACCGCUGGCUGCUGGCCGAGAUGCUGGGCGACCUCUCGGACGCCCAGCUCAAGGUCUGGAUGAGCAAAUACGGCUGGGCGGAGACGGAGCCCGGCAAGAUCUUCAUCUGCAACCAGGAGGAGAGCAUCAAGCCCAAGAACAUCGUGGAGAAGAUCGACUUUGACAGCGUUUCCAGCAUCAUGGCCUCGUCCCUGUGAGCGCGGCRCUGCUGGCGCCGGCCCCCUGUUUUAAUCGUCCCGCCGCUCGUCACGCUCCGCGCCGGCUUCCAGAGGCUCCUUGACCGCUGUGUCGGGGGGUGCGCGGGGCGGCGGGGGGGACCCCAAAUGUGUCCGACGGGACCCCCCCAAAGCGCCUGGUUAUGGGGCUGGGGGGUGUCUUUCCCCUCCCCGCUUUUGGGGGCACCCAUGGGGGUUUUGGGGGGGGGAGGUGUUSUGUUUCCCAAGCCCUGCCCUCCCUCAUGAAUAUUAAUAGAGGGGCUCCCCCUUCCCUCCCUGUUUUGGGGUGUCCCG